GGGAGGAGCCCCACGCGUGUAGCAGUAGUUUAAAUUAAUGUCAGCCUGCCUGCUCACGGGGAGAACAAACACGGCGCGGAUAGCGAAAGUACACGCUGGGCGCAACCUGCUGCAAGCCGCUGGCUAUACCUUACAAUGACUCGGCGGCCGAAAAACAGUGUUUACAGUAGCGAGGAAGAUGAGGAAGAGACAGAUAUGUACGAACAUGACUAUGAUGGGACUCUUGCCAAAGUAGGGAAACGUCACCUUGGAAAAACUCGCUGGACUCGAGAGGAGGAUGAAAAGCUGAAAAAACUGGUCGAACUUCAUGGAUCAGAAGAUUGGAAACUAAUUGCAAGUCUUUUAACUAAUCGUACAGAUGUGCAGUGCCAGCACCGGUGGCAGAAGGUUCUCAACCCAGAACUAAUUAAAGGGCCCUGGACCAAAGAAGAGGACCAGAGGGUGAUCGAGCUGGUCCAGAAGUACGGGGCCAAACGCUGGUCAGUGAUUGCAAAGCACCUGAAGGGACGCAUCGGCAAGCAGUGCCGUGAGCGCUGGCACAACCACCUGAACCCAGAGGUCAAGAAGACUUCAUGGACCGAGGAGGAGGACCGGAUCAUCUACCAGGCACAUGAGAAGCUGGGAAACCGCUGGGCAGAAAUCGCCAAGCUGCUUCCUGGCAGGACUGACAACGCCAUAAAAAACCACUGGAACUCCACCAUGAGGCGAAAGGUUGAACAAGAGGGCUACCUUCAGAACACGUCGAAGAGCAGCAACUCUUCGCUGUCCAUGAACCACGGCUUUAUCAAGACCAAUCAUGUGAUGAACUAUCCCCAACACUCACCAAGCCAUGCACAGCUGCCUCCUGUGACCUACAACUACAUAUCUGAAACACACAGACUGCCCUUCCCAAUGGCUUUGCAUUUAAACAUCUUGAACAUUCCCCAGCCAGGGACCGCUGCUAUCCAAAGACACUAUGGUGACGAAGAUCCUGAGAAAGAGCAGAAAGUGAAAGAGAUCGAACGGCUGCUCAUGGCGACGGAGAACGAGCUGAAAAUCAAGCCAUCACUAUCAAUGAAUUUAAACUUUCCGGCUUGGACCACCCAGAGCUCUGUGAUCAGCAGCUCAGAUGAUGCGACGAUGAAUUUGUCGCACCUCCACACGGCCGCCCCGGCACUACCUCUCGACCAGAGCUGCCUACCUGAAGAAAGCGCCUCCUCAACACGAUCCAGCAGCACCAGUAGCAGCCAUCACAGCAGCCCCACAUUCUUAAACUCGGUCCCAGAUUUUAUGGAAUCUGUCAUCGAUUCUUUUCUCAGCCAGUCGAUGUGUCCAGAACACUCUGAUGACAGUCUAAGAAUGAGCAUGCCUGUGGACACCAAGCCUCUUAUCGACCACUCCAUCAAGCCACACAAAGAGACAGAACUAUUUCGAACUCCUAACAUCCGUCGAUCGAUCCUCGAGUCGAGCCCUCGUACACCCACUCCCUUCAGAUCAACUUUGGGCCUUCAUGGAUCUCUCAAACUACAGAGCACGACUCUGGAGCAGCAGAUGGUUGAGUCUAUUAAGCAGGAGCCGAUGGAGUGCGCCAUUGACCAGCCUCCUCUAAAGAAAAUUAAGCAAGAGGUGGAGUCCCCGUGCGAGCGGAGCCCCUGUAUGCAGUGGGAGGGUCAAGACCUCAACACUCAGCUCUUCUCUCCCAACGCCUCUGCACAGGAAGUCCCUUUAAGUCCACAUGACAUUCUUACCAGCUCAUUACUAAGUGAGGAUGGACACAAACCCUACCACCUCUCUCGCAGAGGCAUGAACAGCCCACUACAGCAGCAGCAGCUCUGUUCUUGGGAACCAGCAACCUGCGGAAAGACAGAGGAACACAUUCUGGCCUCUGAGCAGAACCACAAGUACAUCAACACUUACCCUACGAGGACGCUGGUGAUGUAGAUAAUGGAGAACGGGACAAAGCAAACACAAACGGGGGGGAAUGGAAAGAAAAUGCUGAUCUGGAAACGUCAACACUCCCUGCGCUGGACUUAGCGUUGCAGGUUUUUUAAUAUUUGUUGUGGUACAACAGUUGGGAGAGGCUUCUACGCCACUGGUGUUUUUACACUCAAACUUGUUGGGAUUCAACCAACCAAAGACUAAACACAUUAUUAUAAUUUUUUUUUAAGUACGAUUUGAGUUUUUUUAUUAUUGUCCCCUCUUUCUUGUCAGCUCUUUUUUUUUUUAAUCACUGUUGUAUUAUAAAUGGGAAAAGGUGACUAUGUUUGCGUUGGGCUGUAUUAUUGGUUCUGAAUUUUGAUAUUAAUAUAAAGAACAAGUUAAUUUAUUUGUUUGUUUGUUCCUGUUUGUUUUUUUUAUAUUUGUUCUGGAUUAUGACUUUGUAAUUGUUUAAUAAUCCAACAAUUGAACAGUGUUGUAAUUUUAAGUAUUUAAGCCCUGUUAGCAUUAUCAUAUAUCCAAAGGCAUGAUAAGAAUUUCCAAACUGACCUCUGAAUUUAACUCAUGGAACUAUUUCACCUUUUCUAAAAGGUGCAUGGGUCUGCAAAGGAUUUCAAGUGUUUGGUCAUAUAACGCUUAAGAACUGUUACGUUUGUUCUUAUAUUAUGGUUCAAAUCUGGCCAACUUUAGUAUUACCUGUUUAGCAUAAUGUGAUCUUUAUUUCACAAAAAAAAAAAAGUUUUCAUUUCAAAUUUAAAUGCAUUUCUGGCUUUACAUUGGGACAAAUGUGUGAACAAAUGAAUAUGUUUAUGGAAAGGGACAAAGAGUGACUACACUAUCCAUUUCAAAACCUGAAAUGAGCUUCACCGAGUAAGAGUAAAAACCAAGCUGCUCUUGACUUUUUGUAAAACAAAAGAAUUUAACACUGAUGUUUUUUAUAUCCUACUACAUAAAGAAAGCCCUCUAGAAACUUUUCUACCAGUUAAAAAUAAAACUUUUUAAUAAUUUUGUAAUGUUUUUGUAAAGUGUACUUCAUCAGCAUUUUGUUUUCAUACAAAGAUUUAAGUAGCCCUUGUCAAACACUUAACAGACGCUUUUUUUUUUAUACUCUUACGCCUUUUUUUGAUACUAGCUUUGGCCUUUUUUAUGAAAGCGUUUAUACAUGCCAAGUUUUCACGUUUUUAUACUUUUGUAUACUGCCAAGAAAAUAAAGUGUGCUGUUUUUAUGAAA